ACAUUGCGGCCACAACACGACAACGGCUCGGUUUACGGCACACGUGUGUACAGACCACUUCACUCCAGCGGUGGUGACUCCAACAUGGCUAAAGUUUCUAAGAAGAAAGUGAGUAGGAAGAGCGUCAGGAAGAGCUCCACGGUGACGGAGAAGAUCGCAGAGGUGAAGCCAGAUGUGGUGUACGACGAUGGCGACGAUGAGUUUCUCAGUAAAGAAGACGGAAAUAUCAGCAGUGAGGAGGAGGAGGAGGAGGAGGAGGAGGACGGCGGCGGCAAGGAUGAACGAAAACGCCAAAAGCUGCUCGAAGCCAUCAGCGCUCUGGGAGGUAAGAGGCAGAAGAAGCUGGGGGAGAGAUCCGAGGCAGCCGUCCUCAUGUCGGAGUUUACCGUCAACGCCGAGGGAGAGGGCGAUAAGAUCGAUCUCUCGGACCUCAUCGGGUCAAUGGAGAAAACCUCCGCUGUCCCUGCCAAGACCAAGAAGCAGCUGAAGAACCUGCAGCAUUCUAACAAGACCAUUGAGUGCCCCCUCAGCAAGCAGGAGAGUGAGAGGAUUCAAAGAGAUGUGGCUUUCCGGAAGGCUUCCACAGAGGUGACCCGGUGGAAAGACAUCAUCAAACAGAACCAGAGGGCUGAGCAGCUGGUCUUCCCCCUGGACAAGGAGCCCACGGGUCCUAGGCCAAUGGAGAGGAUGGUGACCGGGUGGAAGGCACAAACCCCGCUCGAGCAGGAGAUAUUUGCCCUCCUUUCAGCAAACAAGCAGCCCAUCAAUGACCCCAUCCUGACCCCUGCAGAGGAGGCUUCAAUGAGGGCCAUGAGCCUGGAGGAGGCCAAGAUACGCCGAGCAGAGCUGCAGAAAGCCCGGGCUCUGCAGUCCUACUACGAGGCAAAGACCAGGAGAGAGAGAAAAAUCAAGAGCAAAAAAUACCACAAAGUGCAGAACAAGGCAAAGCGUAAAGAGUUCCUGAAGAAGUUUGAGGAGAUGGUGAAGACGGACCCCGCCGCUGCCUUGGAGGAGCUGAGUAAGAUCGAGCUGGCCAGGAUGCAGGAGAGGAUGUCUCUGAAGCACCAGAACAGUGGCAAGUGGGCCAAGUCAAAGGUCAUCAUGGCAAAAUAUGAUGAGGGGGCUCGCAAAGCCAUGCAGCAGCAGCUGGAGGUGAACAAGGAGCUGACCCAGAAGCUGGUGACUGCGCUGAAUAAAGAGGAAGAGGAAGAGGAGGAAGCAGUGGAUGAAGAGGUGCUGCCUGAUUUUGUAAAUGAUGCAGAGCAAGGACUACAUUGUUCCAAUCCCUGGAUGAGAGGAAAGCUGUCUGAGGACCCUGCUGAAAAAGAGUUAAGUGAAAAUAUGGAUCUAAUAACCGAGGGGCCUGGAGCUGUGGGAAAUCCAGCCGAGGAAGAGGAGGAGGAGGAAGAGGUUGUGGAAACAGAAGAGGAAACCCUCCUCAGGGAGUUUGACAGCAGGAGGAAACGGCGUCAGGCUCACGAGGCUGUCACAGCACCUGUACCUGAAGAGGAGGAGCCACAAGUACCUGACCAGGAGGAAGAGGAGGAGCCACAAGUACCUGACCAGGAGGAAGAGGAGGAGCCACAAGUACCUGACCAGGAGGAAGAGGAGCUGUCAGAGUUCACAAGCCUUUUCCAGGGAAUAGCAGACAGCAGUCGGGAAGCUGAGAUGCCCGAGGGAGCUGCAGACACGAACCCUUCAGCCCAGCUGGAGGAGGGGCUGGUGAGGGUCAGGACUCUGGAGGACAUGGAGCUCCUCAGUCAGCCGGCCCCUGCUACAGAACAGCUGCCCUCUGUAGCUCCACAGGCUGACACAACCAGGAAAAGAAAGCGGGGGAUCGAGCUGAAAGAAGUUCUCACCAAAGAAACAAAAGUCAUCAAAGUUCCUCUCGCCCCAACCAUGGAGGACACGGAGGACUCGGAGGACAAGCUUGACCAACGGGGGCUCAUUAAAGAGGCCUUUGCCGGAGAUGACGUGGUGGCAGACUUCCUUAAGGACAAGAGGAAGCAGGAGGAUGCAGCGAAGCCGCAGGUUGUGGACCUGACUCUUCCUGGUUGGGGCGAGUGGGGAGGGACAAACCUAAAGCCUUCCCGCAACAAACGGAGGAGGUUCAGGAUUAAGACGGCCCCCCCCCCUCCAAGGAGAGACCAAUGUCUCCCCAGCAUCAUCAUGUCAGAGAAGAGAAACAGCUCCAUCAGCCUCCAUCAGGUGAACUCGCUGCCCUUUCCCUUCCAGAACCACGCGCAGUUUGAGAGCACCAUCCGCGCUCCGCUGGGUCGCACCUGGAACACAGAGCAGACUGUCAGAAAGAUCAGCAAGCCCAAGGUGGUCACCCAGCUGGGCGCCAUCAUCGAGCCCAUGUCCCGUGAGGAGCUGCUGAAGGACAAGAAGCAGGUGUCUGCAGGGAGCACUAGUCAUGUGGACUCAUGGAAGAGAAAACGUUAGCAACAGUUCUUGUCAACAUGCUCACUGGGUAAAAGUCAAUGUAAAGCAAAGCAGCCAGCACAGCAGGUUGUCAUGACAGCUGCACUACUCAGAUUCCCUCUCUGCUUAAGCUUUUCAUGUUAUAUAGAUAUGUCAAAUCAAUGCUGAAAGUCAACUGAGAAGGGUCAAUAUGUGAAGCACAUGGUGUCAUUGGGCUUAGAUGAGAACAGCUGGUGAUUUAGUAAAGCACCUUCCUGCUGCCUGAUGCUGUGUACUCCCUGUAUCGUGUUGUCUGAAAGUGGUAAAUGGACUCAAACUCUAUCUGCUUCCUGUGCUUUCUUUUAGCAUAAGUUGUCGUUUUUAAAAAGAAUGAAUUGUGGUAGUUCCCAGCUGAUGAUGUAUAAAUACAAUAAUGGUAUUAACAGCCAUAAUUAAUAACAUUUCAUAAACCAUAAUGACUGUUCUAAAAUGCUUUAUUAAUAUAGGUCUAUGUAUGAUCUUUUUUUAAGUAUCAUUACUGAUAUUUUGGUGUGUACUGAUACCUGAACACAUUCCACCUACUGUAUUAGUUCCAUUUAUGGUAGGAAUAUAUAUUGAGUUUGAAAAGAUGCCUAUUGUACAUGUCUGAUAGCUGGAUCUGUAAUAAGUGUAGCUGUAAGAUGAAGAGUGGAGUAGGAAGUACAAUAUGUUCCUCUGAGAUGAAGUAGGUUGGAAACAUACAGCAGAUGAACUGCUCAAAGUACAUACUUUAUUAUCAAGUAGUGUAUUUAUGACAGACACUGUUCAAAUGUAUUGUUGGGUUUAGCUAAUAUACCACCAUGAACAUAAGAGGAAUAUCCAGUAAGACCUGUCACUGUGAUCACACAGCAGCACUGACCUGUGAUCAGUCAAGAGGAGUAGAACAUCAGUCAGGACUGAUCCUAAACAGCAGCAAUAUUACAACUGGAUCUGUUUAUAACUACAAUGUGUUCAUGGUUUGUUAUUGACUCAUUCUAUUCAAUUCAAAACCUUUAUUUAUCCAGGUAAAAUCCCAUUGAGAUCAAUGAUCUCUUUCUCAAGGGAGACCUGCAGCAGUAGGUUCCACAAGAAGACAUAAACAACAGAACAACAAAAGGACAUCAUACAGCAAAAUGUACAGGGAUUACAAUUUACAUAUUUAACCACAUGUACAGGUACCAACAGCAUCUGAUUUUGUAGCAUCCAACCGAGCUUUAAAAACAUGUAUUAAUCUGAUAUGAACUCAUUUCAAUAUGGCUGUGUCUUUUUUGUCACAAAUAAAUAACUUUUGUCCCAAAA